AAUCAUAGAGACAUGACGGCCACUUCCGGUCUAGAAGAGAACUAGGUUGGGUGGGUUCUUCUUCUUCAUGUAGAAAGUAAUGGCGUACCAGGACCAAAGAGAACUAGGUUCCUACCCCGACUUCCUAUUUAUAGAUAAUUAGGGUUGUAGCGUUGAGAUGCCAAAGCCUAGAGUGUCACCACCUUGUUCCUAUAGGCAACCCUUACUAAAGGCGGCUUUCAAUUUUUUACCCGAAGUUCAGGCAGUGCGCCACUUUCCUAUCUCUACGAUCCCAAACGUAUUUUGUUCUGCGCCUAGCUUUAACCCCUUAAGUGCUAACAGCUUGCAAGAAAGCUGCCCAAGCCAGCUUUGUGUGACGGUCUCCCUUGAUGAAGAUUCUGUAGUUCUAGAAGCGCAAUAACCCGUUAGCAAGGCGAAGGGGGAAGAUGAACAGAAUGAAAGUUGAUGAGGAAGAAUAUUGGCACAGUUCCAAAUGUAAAGCUUUUACUUUUGAUGAUGAAGACGACGAGCUCUCUCAGCUGAAGGAGUCCAAGCGAACAGUGAACAGCCUCCGGGAUAUUGUGGAUGAUGAUGAUGAGCUUGAGAAGUUCAGCUGGAGCGGGGAGCCCGUGGGUAGCAUUUCCUGGUCUAUCAAGGAGACUGCCUCCAGCAGCAGCAGCAGCAGCACCCCUGAGGGAAAAGACUCAAGUCUGCAAAAGGGCUCUUCUUCCUAUGCAGGGUUUCCCAAGCAGGCCUCUUCUUACUCACUGAGCAGUUUUUUCAAAGGAAGAAACAAACAUGGGAGUUUUCAAUCACUUUCAGAUGCUCUUACAGACACUGGAUUUAAAAAUUAUGCCCCAGAACUGCGCAGACCAAAGGCAGACUACAAGGAUUACAGCAGUGACUGGAGCCCCAAAGAUACAAUUAGACGGCUGCAGAGAGGCAAGGUCUGUUCACUGGAGAGGUUUCGGUCCUUGCAGGACAAGUUGAUGCUGCUGGAUGAAGCUGUUGCAGUACAUGAUGGGAAUGUCAUUACAGCUAUUCUAAUAUUUCUGAAGAGAACCUUAAAGAAAGAUAUCCUGUUCAGAGAGCUAGAACUACGGCAGGUUGCCUUGCGCCAUUUAAUCCAUUUUCUCAAAGAGACCGGAGACCAGAAAUUCCUCCUGGACCUCUUAAGGUUCCUGGACAGGACAGAAGAAGUUGCACUGACAAAGUACCGUGAGCACCUGACUAUCCAGGAUGCAGAAAACCGAAAAGAUUUUCUGAAAGGUUGCAUUGGGUUGCCAUUUUCAUUAGAAGAUGCCGCUCAUGUUCAAGAUCAUUAUUCACUCCUGGAGAGGCAGAUCAUCAUUGAGGCAAAUGACAGGCAUUUAGAAUCAUCUGGGCAGACAGAAAUAUUUCGGAAAUAUCCGCGAAAGGCCUCCAUCCUAAACAUGCCGCUGGUCACCACACUGUUCUACUCCUGCUUCUACCAUUACAUGGAGGCUGAGGGAACAUUCAGCAGUCCAGCAAACCUGAAGAAAACCUUUAAGAUUCCAGAUAAACAGUAUGUGCUGACAGCCCUGGCUGCCCGGGCCAAGCUCCGAGCUUGGCACGAUGUGGAUGCUUUGUUCACCACUAAGAACUGGUUGGGCUACACGAAAAAGAAAGCUCCCAUUGGCUUCCAUCGAGUGGUGGAGAUCUUACAGCGGAACAGUGCCCCAGUACAGGUCCUACAGGAGUAUGUGCGCUUGGUAGAAGAUGUUGAGACAAAGUUGAACCUUGCCAUGAAAUACAAGUGCCAUGAUGUUGUAGUGGAAACAUACAAAGACUUGAAGGACCGCCUCCAGCUGAUGGCAUAUAGAUGUAAAGUUGAGCGGGGUUCUCCAGCUGAAGAGAAGAUUGAUAGUAUCCUCAGCAACCCGCAAAUCCGGUGGAAGAAUUGAGAGGUGUCCUUCAUCUCAUGAAUAACCUGAUUUCAUUGGCACAAGAAAGGCAAAAGGGAAGCUUCUGCCUUGUUUCAAGUCACUGCCUUGUUUGCCUGCUGUCAGCAGGCCCUUCCUGUGGCUCCUGGGAUAGAAACAGGCAUCUAGGCAUUUUUGUUAACCAAGAGAGAUGUUUAGCCAAUGGAACCCGAAGCUGAAAUCCACAUUCCUUCAUGCCAACUUCACUAUAUGAUUGAUUGAACAUUAUUUUCAGAGAGAGAUGAAUUUGGGAGAAGAAGCUGGUGCUUCUGCUUCCUGAAGACUAUUUAUUUACUUAUUCGUCUGAAAGGAACAGGGCAGCUGCCCAUGGGGAAAUGUUCUUUAUAGGAAGAGGCAGUCGGUCCUUCCAUCUCAUCAAGGUCUAAAGCCUGGAACAGUAGCUGCUCCAAUAGGAAUGAUAACUCUGGGAUGGACAAUAUUGGUUCUUGCCUCCAGAAGCACAAGAUAACCAGGAUUCUUAUAUAAGAAUUAAACAAGAUAACCAGGAUUCUUAUUUAACCUAGGAAAGGCUGUGUGAAGACUCCUUUUCAAGUGGCAGCCCCACUCACGUUCCCCUGCAGACUCUUGUGUUUAAUCAUCUGGUCUUCUGGCCGUUGAGAACUUGAAAUAAAUUCUGAGUGGAGCCUAUUAAUAUUGCUGCUGUGCUUAUUGGACAUCUGAAGUAAUAUUUUUCCCUCAGCAAGGGAUAAUAAAUCCCUUGGUUCUUAUCCCUCAGCAGGGAUAUCCCGUGGAACUUACGCCCCAAGGUAUACUAUAAUUCUGAUCUUCUCUCUAGGGUUCAUUUUUGUUAACAGGAUUCCUCCCCUGCCCUCUUCCUCCAUUUUCCAUUCCUGUAAAUAAAGCUCUGCCAGUAAAUAAAGUGUGGCUGCUGCUGUGUCA